AGCAAUCAAUCAGUCGAAGUUGUCGUUCAAUGAAAACGAAUUGUCACCCUGGGAGUUGAUGAAGCGAUUUCAUUUUAGCGUGCCACAAAAUGCUGCACUAACGAAGGCACGAGAGAUUUACGAACAGAGCCUGUUACUCGUCCAGCAGCACGUACGUGAAGGCUUGAAAAUUCCGAUUGAGCAACUGCCAACAAAUUUUUCGUUUGAAUCAGUUCUGGCUGUGUCACACAUCCAAACAAUUAUGGAAUUAUCCGGAUGCGUUACCGGACCAUUUCGAAAUCCGUGCACCGACAUGUGUCUGUAUUCAAAAUACAGGUGCAUUUUUACUCAAUUUUUAACCGCUUAACG